GACCAGUGCUAUAAAGUCAACUGGGCCCCUCUGAGAGCUGUCAUACGAUUGUCUUCAAAAGUAUCACAAGCAAAGCUUCAGACCCCGCAUCAAACACACAUUACAACCUUACCUUCACUCUCACUACGGCAACAACAAAACCUACCAUGGCCAUUGCAGCAAUGACUUCAACCAGUAUCACCUCUCCGGAUAUCGAGAGCCUCGUGAGGCCUGUCCUCUCCGCCCUACCAGGAGCGUCCGCCUCGACCGAGCCAGCUACAACAGUACUACCCCUUCUUUCGCCCAUUCUCAGACAGCGAGUACAGCUUCUCUCCGGCUCCAGCACAGAUCCAUGGAUCCGUCUUCUUACCUAUGACACUUCCAAGGUGUCCAGACUCACCGAGAUCGCCCAAAGUGGUAGUCUGGAUCCCCAUCCGGUAUCGGGAGAAGUGGAGAUGGAUUGGGAUUAUGACGUCCACAUCAAGUACAGGAGACUUGACCAGGAGACACUUCAGACCCUCGUGGUAUUGGGAGAGUUCGACCUGUUUGUUCGUCUUGUGUACUGCGUCAACGACAAAGACGGCGGCGGUGACGGAUGGCGUGUAGGCGAGGUCAGCGUGGCCAGCGAUCCUUCUCCCCUGGAAUCUUUCGGAGGUUAUUCCACACUCGAUGAAGCCGAGAAGGCGUUCAAGGCCCAACAAACCUCCGUGACAGAAAUCAAGCCCGUUGCGCAAGUGUCCAUCCAAGCUGAGCCGGUCGAAGAAGAUGACGACGACGAUUACUGGGGCCGGUACGACGCCACGCCUUCCCAAACGCCGGGCCAAGGCCGCUCUCCUGCACCGCCGUCUUUGGGCGCCGGCCUCAACACUCAAGCGCCCAACCCCUUUGAGCGAAGCGCAUCCGCUGAAGAUGCGUACUUCGCCCGGUACGAAUCUGUGCAGCCAGCCAUGGACCCCCAUGAUCCGGACGAGGAGGCUCUCCAGGGCGGAGCUGUUGGCGGUGGUGCAUCGCUUAACGGUCUUCUUCUUCGCCGGUCUCCGUCCCCACAACGACAACAAGUAUAUGAGCCUCCCGUCACUAGCUCCGCACCAGCGCCGCCGCCAUUGGGUCUGAACGGAGACGGCAACGGCGGUUACGUCCCAUCUCGAUCACCUUCCGACGAGUCCGGCUCCGGGUCGUGUGGCCGGCGCAUGUCCCAGGCGGACGAGGAGAGGACUGAAAGCAUUGCUCAUCCGCGCCCAGCCAGUAGCGCCAGCUCGAACGGAUCCCGUAUGGUCGCCAAGCUCGAAGAGACUGCGGAGGCUCAAGAUCGUGUCGAGUUUGGUAUUAAGCAGCACGUGUCCAGGACGAUUCGAAGUCUAUUCCAGUUGUCGCGCGGCGCGGGCAUCGGUCGUGAAGAGUUCGAGCGGAUGGUUAGGAACGAGCUGGAUGUUCUUGCGAUGGUGGAGGAUGACGUUUGAAUAAUGAACAGCGCGAAGAAGGGAAACUGGGAAGGGAAAUCAUCCAUUCAGUCAAAAGGGUGCCGGUGUUCACUUUUUAGAUUCCUCAUGUUGUUCGGGAUACUGCAUCAUCAGGUUGUUUUUGGCGUCCGGUACUGGUGGGGGAGUCCGUGGAGGCGGUCCGCCUCGUGGUUCUUGUUGGUCGUUCGGAGUUCAGGCAACGGUGUUCAAGGAAUAUGUUAGCAAUAGCGUUACGGAAUAUCAGUUAGAGUACGAUAGUAAAUCAUAGCAAAUAUGCAUGUAAAAAAAAAAAGAAAUGAUGUCCA